AUGCGUUCUUCCCUCGUUCUGCUUGCCGGUCUGGCAGGCACGGCUCUCGCCUACCCUACCGAUAUGGCCGUUGAGCGCCGUACCCUAGGUCUCCUCGGCGAGCUCCUUGGCGAUAUCACUGUCGACGUGACUACUAUCCUUGGCGCCGUCCUCGGUGACCACUCCUCCGUUAACCUUUUUGCCGGUCUGAGUGCUGAGGCUGCGGCCGCUCUCGGGGGUGGUGCUCUCGGCUGCAAGUCCGGUGCUAUCGAUCACAAGGCCAAGGCCGCCCUCAAGCUUUGGUUGCUCUUCCACUCUGACCUUGACGUCUCCCUCAAGAAGUCACUGAUCUCGUGGUGUGAGAGUAACGGUGAGCUCGUCCUCUCCGCAGACGUUAUGGCUGCUCUGUCCGUGUACAUCCCCACAUGUGCCGACAUCGCUGCCAAGGGCCAGCUUUACGUGACCCUUGACGGUAUCUUUGAGGCCGCCAGCCUCGAGUCCGCUCUCGUCCUGAGCCUAGGUGCUCAAGCUUCCCUUUCCGCUUGGAUCGAGGCUAAGCUUGAUCUUGAUUUGGAUGUCAAGGUCGGUCUCAAUGUCUGCGCCGCUGGCGGUGUUGUCGGCAGUCUGUCGGCUGACAUCAAGGCUGCCCUUCUUGCUUGGCUCAACAGCAAGAACUGUGACCUCAGCGCUCACCUCAAGGUUUCGGUCCUUGCCUGGAUCAACGGUCAUGCCGGUGGUGAGCUUGUUGAGAUUGGUGCUCUUGCCGAUACCGCUCUCUCUACCAUCUCCGUCGGUGCUUCCAUCGGCGCGCACAUUGAGGAGUCUGGUCUCCUGUCUGUUGGCGGCCAGGCCUCCCUCGCCGCCUUCCUGGGCCUUGAUCUCGCGGCCGAUCUCGCGGCUGAUGUUAAGCUCGCUCUCGAGGCAUGCGCCAAGGGCAAGCUCGCCGUCGCGGUUGACCUUGAUAUUCGCACCAAGCUCGCCAUCUGGCUCGCCGGCGCCGACUGCUCUCUGGGCGUUGAGCUCAAGGCCGUCGUCCUUCUUUGGUUGUCCUUCGCUGUCGAGGCUGAUGUCUCCGUUUCCCUCGACCUUGUUGGUGGCCUUCUUGGCCAUGUCACCGAUAUCCUGACCGGAACCCUUCUCACCGGUCUCAGCGUUGACCUCCGUAGUGCCCUUUCCCUCUGUGCUGCCGGCGGUAGCCUCACUGACCUGACCUUGGACGCUCGUGCUGAGCUCGCUGCCUUCCUUGGUGGUUGCACUUCCAUUGACAUCGAUAUCAGCAUCCAGAUCAUUAUCCUCGAGUGGUUCACUGGCUGCAGCAUCCCCGGUGCUCCCUCUGGCCCUGCCUCGUCUUCCGUUCCCAGCCUGCCCUCCAGCACCCCCCACCCCCACCUGCCUGGCACCUCCGCUGCGCCUUCCGGUCCCGGUGCCUCUGUCUCUGUAUCCAUUCCCGCCGGUACCCCCGUCCCCAGCGGCCCCUCUGCCACCACCACCCCAUGUGACACCGAGACCUCGCAGAUUGUCGGCUCCACCGUGAUUCCCGGCGGCCCCAACGAGUCCGACUCCACGACUGUCACCGCACCUGCUGUGCCCACUGGCACCGGCCCUGUCCCCACUGGACCUGCCCCCACUGGACCUGCUCCCAGCGGCCCCUCUGCCACCACCACCCCGUGUGACACCGAGACCUCGCAGAUUGUCGGCUCCACCGUGAUUCCCGGCGGCCCCAACGAGUCCGAUUCCACGACUGUCACCGCACCUGCUGUGGCCACUGGCACCGGCCCUGUCCCCACUGGACCUGCCCCCACUGGACCUGCCCCCAGCGGCCCCUCUGCCACCACCACCCCGUGUGACACCGAGACCUCGCAGAUUGUCGGCUCGACAGUGAUCCCCGGCGGCCCCAACGAGUCCGCCUCCACGACCAUCUCCAUUCCCGCCGGCACCCCCGUCCCCAGCGGCCCUGCUCCCUCUGGACCUGCCCCCAGCGGCCCCUCUGCCACCACCACCACCAUCCCAUGUGACACCGAGACCUCGCAGAUUGUUGGCUCGACCGUGAUCCCCGGCGGCCCCAACGAGUCCGACUCCACGACCGUCUCCGCUCCCGCAGUGCCCACCGGCACCGGCCCUGCCCCCAGCGGCCCCUCUGCCACCACCACCCCGUGUGACACCGAGACCUCGCAGAUUGUCGGCUCCACCGUGAUCCCCGGCGUUCCUGCUCCCUCCGGCCCGGCUGGUACCACCACCGGCGCGCUCGUUCCUUCCGGUCCUGCUCCUACCAGCCCUCCCACUAUGUCCUCCGGUGGUAACUCUGGAUCCGAUGUAGUCACUAUCACCAAGACUGUGACUGCCACCGUCUGCGGUUGCGAGUAA